UACUCCUUUUUUAACACCUUAUCUGUAGAAAGCAGGUUACGUGUGUGCAGUCGGAGCAGAGUUGCCAGUGACAACCGUUCAGAUUUUCCAGCAGACAGUGCAAUCCUACUGGCAGGUGGUGCUCCAGUUUCACAAGCUGCAAGUAUAACGGGAGACAAACCAACGAGACCAACUGCCAGUGCCGGGGCGUCCUACCGUCAUGUUACCUUGAAAAUUCCUAAAAAUGGUAAUAUUAAUAUAAUUGAACAGACAAAAGAGAUUUUCUGGUGCACUAAUAUACCGGUACUUAAGCGGUCUCUGAAGGAAUUCCCCCAGCUGGGUGUCAUUAAAGAGCUGCAGUUUCUGAACCUCCAGCACAAUCUGAUCACCAGGAUCCAGCACCUAUCACAACUGCAGCAGCUCACCCUGUUGAACCUGCACGAGAACCACAUCUCUGACAUGACCGGCCUUGAUUCUCUGAGGUCCCUUAAGAUUCUCAUGCUGGGGAAGAACAGAAUCCAGAAAAUUUGCUGCCUGGAAAACCUGUCCAAGCUGAACAUCCUGGACCUGCAUGGCAAUCAGAUCUGCAGGAUAGAAAACAUCUCUCACCUGAGUGACCUGCGCGUGUUGAACCUGUCGGGAAACUGCAUCCGAAGGCUGGAAAACCUUCAGGGACUGGACUCUUUGACCGAACUCAACCUGGAGCACAACUGCAUCUCUGCUUUGGUGAGCAACAUUUUUUUUUGGAAUGAACGACAGAGGCUGGCAGAAACGCUGGAGGAGGAUGCAAGGCGUUGGCUGCAAUAUGGGUGGAUGCUGACGCAGCUCAUUCAGGCCCUGCUGGACAAGGCAGCGUGCCGCUUGCGUGUGUGUGUGUGUAUGUGUGUGCAUGCGCAGGGGCGGAUGGGGAUGCUGAAUGCUGGAGCAGAGCGCUGCAAGACUGAGGUGGACCGACUGCCCUGCUUGCAGCGCCUCUUUCUCAGCUGCAACAACAUCAUCAGUUUUGAUCAACUAGCCUGCCUUGGAGAGUCAAGCUCCAUUUCUGAGCUCACCCUGGAUGGGAAUCCUGUAGCCCUGGAGACAUGGUACAAGCAGGCCGUCCUGCGCUGUGUGCUUCAUCUGAGACAGCUGGACAUGAAGCGCAUCACAGACGAGGAUCGGCGCAUGGCAGGUGUACAAGCUCGAAAAGAGGAGGAAAAGAAGAAGGAGAGUCACAAGCAGACCAUUCAUAAGGAGAAGCGGCGUUUAGCAAUCCGUAAUGCAGCACAGCAGUGGGAAGGCGUCAGGGCCGGCUUGGAAUUGCCACCAACAAACGGCACCAAGGAGGAAGUCAGUCCAGACAACAGCCCUGCUCACAGCCUUGCACAGACCAACGGCCUUACUCAGGAGCCUUCUCCAGAUGAACCAAGACGGGUAAGCCCAGGUUCAGGACCGGAACGGCCAUCAGGAGGAACGGAGAACAGACUUCGCACCAACAGCCGCCCAAACAGCCCACGGGAUCCCAAGCUUGUGGAGUCAGGGAGCGGCAGCGUUCAGAGCUUGUCCUUGUCCGACAGUCACCUGGCAGAACUGGAUGGAGACACCCUGCGUUUAUUCGGACUCGGAGCCCUGGAGGCCCUGGAGAGGGGCUGGGGUGUUCAGACCGCCGGUGCCGUCACUGUCAUAACCUUCCGCUACAUCAGCUUUGACGCCAUUGUACCAACACUGCCGAGAAUUAGGGUCAAGUUCCCAAAUCUGUCGCAUCUGAUCUUCCUGGAAACCAACAUCAGCCGUCUCCCACAGCUAGCGGCUCUGGCUCAGGUGAGGCGCCUGGACCAGCUGACUGUCCAUCCAGAGGGCAACCCAGUGGUCAGUCUGGCUCUGUGGCGCUCCUUCAUCAUCUACCGCCUCUACCACUUUAAUCUCCAGAGGAUCAACGGCCAGGAGGUGACCAUGAACGACGUGAUCGCAGCAGAGCGAGUGUUCGGGACUCUGGGUCACAUAGCAGCCACCGAAACACCACGCUGCCGGCUCCUCCUGCUCCUGGAGGAGUCCAGGAAGCGGCAGCUGCAGUUUCUGUUGGAGGGGCGCGGCCGGCGGGCCGGGCUGAGUCCAGAGGAACUGCGAGAUAACGGGAAGCUGCUGGGCGAAAGCCUGAGCAGAGCACUGUUUAACUACCCCAGCAGGGACUGCAGUCCAGAGAGCCCUGAGGAGGGUUCUAUGGAAUCAUCAGAGCGUGCUACCAUGAUAGAACAGUACCUCCAGGAGUUGGUCCAAAGGGCAUCCGACACAAAUCUGAAGGGCGAAGCUUUACACAAGCUCUGGCCAUCCAUGUUUGCGGAGAUGGUCAGAGACUGUGUGUUGGAGAUGAAGGACCGAGCGGCCUUCCGCCAAGCCAGUCUAGCAAAGCUCUCUGAGACCAAGUGAAAAGGACCAAAGGUUCACCCAUAGACCACCAGACACACUCACACACAUGCGCACACACCACGUGGAUCUCGCUUACUACAGAUUUUCCCAUUUCAAGCCCCAUCCAUACAUCUUCACCAAAAGUUGGAGGUGCUUUCUUGAGAUGGAUGUAGACUUUUUAAAGAUGUCAGAAGAAUCAUGGCUAGACAUCUUGACUGAAUGUAGAUUUUCACUGAAAACACAGUAAGAUUCUUCGGGGGUUUUAGCUCUGUCGUACCUAAAGAAGGUUAAAGGGACUCGUUGACUUGUGGCAUCCUCUGCACUUUAAAAGCCUUCUGAUUAACUCCCUGAGAUGUCUCCAUCAUCAGCUGAAAAUGACCGGUGUCUCUUUUCUGGAGACUUGAAUAGUAUUUCUGUCUUGUAAUCAUUCUCAUGCAUCGUUCUCUCACUUCUUCCUGCCUGACAUAAAAAGAGGGCACAGAAACAGAGCCUUUUUUGUUUACCACUGAUUUUCUGUAUUGUACUUAGUAUUAAAAGAUUCUGCAUUAACACA